UCUAGACAGUCAGUUUCGCCAUUUUGAAUAGAAAAAUAUCAACGGUUUUAUUUUCCGCUUCCCACUUCCCUCACCGUGCACGGGAGCGUCAGAGAUAGCUCUGCGUGGUGACUUACAGCAGAAUUUUGUUUCCCCGACUCAUUCAAUUAAUAAAACAGGAAAAUCAGCAACAACUUUGGUGAGCACGAUGGCUCGCGCAUUGGCCAGAUAGUUGAGAGGAAAACGAUCUCGUGGCAGCUGCGGGGUUUCACAGAGCGCGCGCGGGGCAGCAGCAGCGCCACCGCUGCACGAGCCUGACCAGCACUAACCUACAACCAGCAGUCAGUGUAAAGACACUCACAGCGGGGUGUCAUUUCAUCUGAGGCGUGUAUUUGAGGACGGCCUGGUGGGAAGUGGACCUCAUGCAGAUUAAUGCUAGGUCAUUCUGUGCUGUUUGCAUUCUGCCACUCAAAUGCCUGUCUGCCUGUGGAGGAGGUGUAACUAAGGAUUCACACGUUUCAUCAGCUGGUCUGUGCUUCCUGCUACAGCCGCCACCAUCAUGUUCUGGAAGUUUGACCUGAACAACACCUCCCAUAUCGACCAGCUGCUGGAUCGAGAGGAUGUGACUCUGAGAGAGUUGAUGGAAGAGGAGGAUGUUCUGCAGGAGUGCAAAGCACAGAACCGCAAGCUCCUGCUCUUCCUAUCCAAGGAUAACUGUAUGCAGGAGCUGGUCACCCUCAUCACUGAGGAGCCCUCUGCUGAUCUGGAGGAGAAAACACGCUUCAAGUUUCCAAAUAUUGCCUGUGAGCUUUUGACCUCAGAUGUGGCUCUUAUCAAUGAUAAGCUGGGUGGAGAUGAAUCCCUUUUGGAGAAGCUGUACCACUUUCUGGAGCAGGAGCCGCCCCUUAAUCCCCUGCUGGCCUCAUUCUUCAGCAAGACCAUCGGCAACCUGAUUGCACGCAAAACAGACCAGGUGAUCUCUUUCCUAAGGAAAAAACACAACUUUAUCAGUCUGGUGCUGAAUCACAUUGAUGCCUCGGCCAUGAUGGACCUUCUGCUGCGUCUCAUCAGCUGUGUAGAGCCUGCCCCCUUAAGGAUGGAGGUCCUUAAUUGGCUGAAUGAGGAAAGGCUCAUUCAGAGACUCACAGAGCUAAUGCACACAGGGAGAGAUGAAGAGAGACAAUCUAACGCAUCCCAGACUCUUUGUGACAUCAUCCGUCUCAGUCGAGACCAGGCCAAUCAGAUGUCAGAGGUCACAGAACCAGACCCCUUACUUGCUGUCCUGGAGUCACAAGAAAAUGUGUCAGAGCUUUUGAAGAACAUGUUUGAAGGCGAGAGGACCGAAGUGUCCAUCGUCAAUGGAACGCAAGUGCUUCUUACGUUACUGGAGUCACGGAGGUCAGGGCUGGAGGGUCUGAUGGACCUGUAUUCUCAGGGAUGUGAAAGGUCUUACACUGUCAACAGCAGUAUUUUACGUGCUAUUGAGCCUCAUCUAAAGGACUUCCAACAGCUCCUACUGAACCCUCCUAAGAGAAGUGCAAUACUCACUACGGUGGGCGUUCUGGAGCAGCCCCUGGGGAGCGCCCGCCUACAUGUGGCCAGACUAGUGGCAUCGCUGCUGCAGACAAGCGACCUCAGCAUCUGCCAGGAGAUCUGCAGACUCAACAUCAUGGACCUGCUGUUGGAUUUGUUCUUUAAAUACACCUGGAAUAAUUUCUUGCACUUGCAAGUGGAGUUGUGUGUGGCGUCCAUUUUGAACCAGUCUGCUGGUCACUCAGACCUCCAGAACCACGACGAGAGGCCACAUGCAGGUGCAGGCAGCCCGGUGAAGGAGGAAACACCCGACCAGAACAGCAGCUUAGACACAGCAACUACACCUAUUCAAGAUGCUCUUGUUGCCAAUCUCUUCCAGCAUUGCCAGCUGGUGCAAAGGAUUCUGGAUGCCUGGGAGGAAAAUGACAAAACCCAGGCUGAAGGUGGCAGACGAAGGGGAAACAUGGGUCACCUGACGAGAAUUGCUAACACUGUGGUUCAGAACCUGGAUAAAGGGCUGGCUCACUCUCAGAUUAAUGGGUUAAUUAAAGACCUUCCAGAGGACUGCAGAGGUCGCUGGGAGAGUUUCGUGGGUGAGACUUUGAGGGAAACCAAUAGGAGAAACACAGUGGACUUGGUGAGCACUCAUAACAUCCACUCAUCUAGUGAAGAUGAUGAUAUGGAAAACCCUUUCCCCAAUGAUCUGUCCAUCCAACAGGCAUUCUCAGAUUACCAGAUUCAACAGAUGACUGCCAACUUUGUGGAUCAAUUUGGUUUCAACGAUGAGGAGUUUAGUGAACAUGAUGAAAACAUUAAUGCUGCAUUCGAUCGGAUUGCUGAAAUAAACUUCAAUAUAGAUGCAGAUGAUCAUAGUGCCAAUGCUGCAGCUUUUGAGGCGUGUUGUAAGGAGCGAAUCCAGCAGUUUGACGACCUCGAAGAAGAGGAAGACAUUUGGGACGAAAAAGAAAUCAACUAUGCAACACAAAUCAAAUCCAGAUCGAGGUUUGGAGCGUCUCCUCCUUCAGAGAGCUCACCCAAGAGUGCCGUAAGAAAUGGAGGUGGAGGCCGCGGGUCGGCCUCUGAGGAAGAGGAUGUUGAAGAAGAGGCCAGUCCUCCCUCGGUGCGCACAGAAGCCAAAAGUGAAGCAGACUUACAACAGGCUCAGAACCCAGGCUGGACGGCAAGUUUUGGUGAAAGUGAAGCGAGCUCAACCAGUUCCUGGGGUGAGUCACCUCAAAAGGGUGGUGAGGGUCAACAGGACACAGGUUGGGCCACCUUUACAGAGUUCCAGCCAUUUAGCAGUACAGAUUCCAGGCAGACGGAGGGACCGCCUCAAAAAGACCAAGAGAAGAAAUCAGAUGUCAGCGGUUCGGCUACAGGAUCGUGGGAGGAAAGUCCCGGGCAGAAAGCCCCUCUGGUGGCCUCGGAUAGCAGCUCGUCUGGAGGCUCAGACAGCGAAGAGGACCCUGGGGAAAAUAAAAGCGGCGGCUCUCCUAAAACACCUGCCAGCCAGACAAAAGCAGCCACGAGUGAGGUGUCUGUAGCUCUGGAGAAGCUUAGCAUCACAGACAAAGCUGAACACAGCAAUGAGCCUUCAGCACCUACAGAAGACUCGGACGCCACCACUGUGAUGGAGACAAGAGAUAAAGCGGCAUCUUCAGCUGAGAUCACACCCAACGGACCCGUCUGAAAGUUCGGGAUAAGAGUCCGACAGAGACCCGGCCCACUCUCCACCUCUUCCAUUCUGAACCCCCAAACCUCAAUACCACUAUUGGUGUUUAAAUUAAGAAUGCUGCCAUGUUAUUGGUCCUGGAUACUGCCAAUUUAGCCUAUCAUUGGAGGAAGAAGCCACGGCAUGAUGUAACACAAACCAGUAACCAGUACAGUACUCAGAGGCGUUAGUCUAUUAAACCUUUCAACUUUGUAUGAGAUAUGCACAGUUUUAAAUGUAGCAGUGACCGUGUGAUUACAGGAUCUGUCAGGACGUUUUUCGAGGGGGGGUGUUGUCUCUCUCUAUACUAUAAUUUUUCUGGAUUAUUUUUUUGCUCGCAGCUUUGGAUCGGAAAGCACAGGCUCAUCCUUCACAAGUCAUCACACAAAAUCACUUGCUGCGUGACAGCCUCACCAACAAUUCACUGUAUGUUGAAGCACAAUGAAACGUUCUGUAAUGCUAUUCACCGCCCCCCUGCCAAAUUCAGAUACUGUCAAAUCAUGUAUUUGAAUGUUCGAGAGUGUUUAUAUGAAUAUUUCUGAUCGGAGAUGGUGCCAAUGGCGGCACUUGUGCAAUAACGUUUAGGCAUUUAAUUUAAAUCAUUCAGAAAAUGUACACGGUGGGGGUGUGCCCAUUUGAUUUCCGGGCUCUUUUUCAUUGCAUGCAAUGCGUUAUUUAUCAAGCAUAUAUGUUUUUCUGGCGACAUUCGGGUUGGAUGGUCGAGACCUUUAGAUUGUAUUAUUUGUCUAUUUUCUCCCCUCAGAUCAACCAAACAGUAUCUACCUAAUUUCUAGGAUGUUAAGCUUUCUAAAAUGGAAUUAUGGGUAAACGCAAAAAUCUUAAUCAUAGUAGCCAUUGCCUUAAGUUGCAAAUCCCUAUAACAGGAUAAAAGGGUUUGCUUUAGAAAAAGCAAACAGACUUUAAAUUCGUCUGUUUUUUAAUGUUGUCAGCAGGACAGGUUAUGAAAUAAUAAUUUACCUGCAUCCCCAUCUGAUGUUUUUAUGAUAAAAAAAAGUUAUCUUGUCCUAAAUCCCUUAUACACUAUACCCUAUAAACUUCUCUACGGGACAGUGUUACGCACCAUCACUUUUUUUUAAAUGAGAAGUGUCAUAGAAAGACGAUGAACUUGUCUCCGAAGCUUCCGGUAGCUCUUGUGGAAAUGCCAGGUUCCACCUCUUGUAUUAUGUCAUACUGAAUAUCAUGUAAUUAUUUUUCUUACAGGAAUUUUUCUCAUAUCUCCGCAAGCUUACGAUGGUACCAAAACUGUUGGAUUACAGGAUUGGGAUAUUGCAUUAUUUAUUUUGCACUUAUUGAGGUGUUGGUGCAGAGACCUGGUCUCCCAUCAUGCGUUGGAACACCCUGAUUUUUUCGCAAAGGAGUGUACAUCCUCCAUUGACUCUGCUUCUUAUAGCCUAUCUAUGACAUGUUCAAGGGUUUGUUUCCAAAGCCAAAAGUAUGUAUUUGCCUUUUUUUCUUUAACUGUUUAAAAAAAAUCUUAUUUUUAACUUUAACCAAUAUUAUUUUACAUAUUGUAGAGAUUCUAAUUUAUGUGAUCUUCAGCAACCAAAAUAUUGCUCUGUUCAAUUCUG